CUGUAUGAUACCCAGAUUUUCUUUUCUCUAGAUCUGGAUCAAUGACUGACCACUUCUUCAAAACCACUUGGCUGAGCUGAGUGGCACUAGGCUUUUUUUUUUUAUCUACACCAAGCAGUUAUUACGUCUAAGGAAAGUAGAUAGCAUCUUAACAAAAACUCCCAAAAGUGAAAGAGGUGGAGAGUGAGAGAAAAAGAGAGAAAGAGAGAAACACAGAUAGAGAGAGAGCUACAGUACUACAGGAUAUUUUGUCACUAUGGUUACUGGCAGCCGAUAUUAAUCUUGAUUUCUGAAUGUCAAACUGUUUUCACACCAGCGUGAGACUGCUGUGCUGUUGGGCAACUAAUUGGAGCUGAACAGCGUUGGACAAAUAUCCAGUGGAUCCAUGUGAUUUCAGUGAAUCUGUAGAGGAGCAUUUUCCAUCUGUGAGCUACCAGUUCCUGAAUCAUCCAUUCUGGUUCUGCAUCUGCAUCUGCGCCAACAGACAUGGCUGUCUUAGCCAACAACAUCACGUGCAACACCCUGUAUGACCAUAAAAAUUAUGCUCGGGUCCUCAUGCCUCUUUUUUAUUGUGUUGUUUUCAUUGUGGGGUUGUUGGGCAAUGGCCUAGCCCUCUACGUCAUCCGUAUAAACCUGAAGAAGAUGAACUCCACAACUUUAUACUCCCUAAACCUCGUCAUCUCUGACAUCCUCUUCACUCUCUCCUUGCCUCUGAGGAUCAUCUAUUACGCUCAGGGCUUCCACUGGUCUCUUGGUGAGGCCCUCUGUAAGAUCUCAGGCUUUGUGUUCUACAUCAACACCUACGCCGGGGUCAACUUCAUGACCUGCCUCAGUGUGGACCGCUUCAUCGCUGUGGUCUUGCCUCUGCGCUUUGCCAAAUUCAGGAAAGUCAGUAAUGUGCGCUACAUCUGCAUUGGUGUGUGGAUGUUGGUUCUAGCGCAGACCCUCCCCCUCCUUGGAAUGGAAAUGACCAAUAUGGAACUUCAGAAUUUUACCACUUGUAUGGAAUACCCUAACUUUGAAAAGGUGGAUGGUAUUGCUAUCAUCCUGAUUGGUGCAGUCUUUCUAGGUUUUAUCAUCCCUGUGAUCACCAUACUGGUCUGUUACUCCUUCUUAAGCACCAAGCUGCACCUCACAGCCAAGAAAAAUCACCUGACAGAAAAGUCUGGCCGCAGUCGUAAGGCCAUUGGCGUGAUCUGCUGCGUGUCUGCAGUGUUUGUGAUCUGCUACAGUCCGUACCACAUCAACAUCCUGCAAUACAUGAUCCGCAAGCUGAUAUCAGAUCCUGGCUGUGUGGAACUCAUGGCCUUUCAGAUUUCACUUCACAUCACGGUCUGUCUAAUGAAUUUCAACUCCUGCUUGGAUCCAUUCAUUUACUUUUUCGCCUGUAAAGGAUACAAAAGGAAACUCCUGAAGUUGCUCAAGAGGCAAGUCAGCAUAUCUUUCUCCAGUGCAGUCAGGACGUCACCUGAAGGCUCUUCCAAGGACUUCAUUGAUGGAAACAAGAUUCACCUGAACAGCGAGAGAAACAGCAACAUGGAAAGGAGAUCACAUGAGAAUGAUCAAAGUAAGGAAGUGAGGCAAAAUGACAGAACUUAUAAAUCUGAAAGAAGCUCUUUUCUCAUGAACAGUUCCUGAUCUUAACUAAAGAUGGACAACAUGAGGCCAGAUCUGAACAAAAUGAGGUUAAGCACAUUUUUCUGUAUUUUGUUUCAACAAGUUAAUUUAAACACUUCAUGUGUAUCUGCAUCAUAGAAUAUGAUGGAUUAAUUAAUAACUGAGAAUGUUGCAGCUAUUUAAAAACAAGAGGUUAUCCCCUCUCCCGUUAACAACACAAUAAAAUGCAGAUGUGAUACAAUGCUAACAUGACACCGUAUCGACGAAUAUAUUUAAUUUAAAAUAAUUAUAGAUUAAAUUGAAGAUACACUGAAGCCUUGUUCUGAAUAUUUAUUAUAGCAGUAACCCACCAUAAAGUUAGAUAUUAAUUUAAAAGUAAUAUUUGUAGAGCUGAAUUGAAAAAAUAGGAUUUGAAAAAAAAAAAAACGGAAUCAAAGAAUGGUUGUGUCCUUCCAAUACUUUUUCAUUGUGGUUUUCUUGAAAAACAAACUUUAGAUAAUGAUAAAAUAAAUUUUUUUCAUAUCUAAAGACAUGAAAGCCGUUUUCUUGUCAUAACGAGAUGCUUGGUGUGUGAUAAAACUGAUUACAUCCUUCAAUGCCACACAAGCGGGAGAGGAUUUAUAAGUCAUGGUAGCCUAUGUAUAAUUCUGUAAAUAUUCCUGUGUGAACUUUUAGGUGAUGAGACAAUGUUUUUGGUUUGAUUAUUUGCUUCCACCAAGGUGCCGGCCAUUUUCUGAACAGUGUUACGCCUGUAAGAUAAAUUAACCCCCAAACUGAGUCCAGAUUAAAGAUUUUAAUUAAAAACAGUCAGAUUUGUUUCUACUGUAUUUCAUGCAAUCCAAUCAUCCACCAGACCUGAAAAAAAGAAAGCAAAAAAAAAACUGACUAUGUGCGCACACGCAUUACCAAGACUGCAUUGUCUCGACCCGAACCGUCCCAGAAGCAUGAUCCAUCCUGCACAUGCAAGAACAAAUAACUUCCCGUAAUGCAAUACUUUGUUUUUCUUACUUUUUAUUUGUUUGUCUUUUUUGGGUUCCUUUGAACAAUUUCGUAUUUUGGUGAAUAUUGCAUAUUCUAAAAACAAAAUAAAAAAAAAAUUAUACAUAAAAACCACUUAAAUAGCCUUUCCAACAUUACAGUACUGUGACUGCUCCGAUCAUGUUCGAUGAUGACGUCACUUAACACAAUGGAGAGAACGUAAAAGUCUUCAAUAUUUUCUAUCGUUGUAGUUUAGCAUUCUUUAAUGUUUUCAGUAACAAGUAUUUUCAGUACCAUCAUUGCAUAGUUUUCAGCGACCCAGAUCUUAUUAUUCUGUUCGGGUAGUGACAUGCACAACCACAGGCACCGCAGGCAUGGAUGGACUGGGAAUCUAGGGCUGUUGGCCAGCCUCAUUCAUACUUAUACAUGUCGUUAUCUCAAGAAAUCAAUAAUUAUCAUGAUAACAAGAUAAUUACCUUGUUAAUUAGAGAAAACAAUUAAUGGUUUAACUGUGAUAAAAAGAUACUUAUGUCAUUAUUUCAAGAAGGCAAAGGAAAAAAAAAGUCAAGUACAACCGCUCUCGGCUUCCAGAGACAAAACUUCUUUUGGUAGCUAACAAAAAUGGCAAAUCAGUCAACUACACAUACAAAUAGCACAACUGGUGGAGUAGGACACUUGCAUAAUGGACCUGGAGCUGGCAUUUCUGAAACAGCUAUCAUGAUAACAUGGCCCAAUAUGUCUGAGGAUUCUUCAACCUAUGCUGUACCACAAAGAAUAGGUAAGCUCUGAAGGCAAGGAGGGUCAAAUCCAGUAAUUCACCUUAUAAAGUGGCUGGUUAGUCUGCAGUAAUUUUUUAAAGCAGUAUUUUACUGUUUUUCUUCAAUAUGGGGUCAGCUGAGACCCUUAGUAUAUUAAUCCUUUUUUUUUUCUUUUCCAAUCUAAAUACAAAAACACACCUGAAUGAAAGAAGUGUAUUACCUUAAUUGGUUCAUUUUUUAUGUGUUUCAGGUGAUCAUUUGUGCCUUUAUUUAGUCCAACCUGAAAUACACAAAAUAGCUGCAAAUAAUAAUAUCACCCAUAAAUUCAGACCUUAGUUAGUAGCAAGUAUAGUGGACAAGUCCAUAUAAAUAUGGAAAACCAUUAGUGCAGAACCAAAAUUGGCAGCUACCUUUGUAUAUUUCUUGUGUGCAGUUAAUCUUUUUUGGGAUGAGAAUGAAAAGGGUUAUCAAACAAUGCAUAAAAGAUAUACUGGAUAUAUAUUUUUGAUUAAAUUUGGCAGUUGUGUCUUAUUAAAUUGGGCAUCUGUCUCUUAAACAUAAUCUACACUACCUUUCAUCCUUCUCCUGAUAAGAUUAUCAGGUUCAUAGUGUUUAGUCAAUUGAGGGAACUUGCAGACAUUUUGUACUUAUAACCUUCCCAUUCCCCAGCCCAAAACGUGAUAGAUUUUUUUUCUUAUUUGAAAAAAAAUCAUUCACUGAUAAGGGUUCCUCAGUGUAAUUCUAAGAUGGUUCUUUCUAAUCUUUUCCACACGGUAUGACUCAUUAGCUUCCUCCAUAACUUGAAUAUGUGGUGCAGCAAGAUGUUCUCCCAAAGGUUUUUCUCUUUAGACUUUGUAACAUUUAUGUAGGAUGGAUAAAAAAAAACCUGAAAAACAAAGAAUGACAUAUCCAUUAUUUAAAGAUAAUGAUAUGUUUUGCCUCUUUUUUUCUUAUCUUUGUAUAUAAAUAUUGCUGUAAUAUGUUGCAUAAAUACUGUUAUUUGGCUGUGUUUUUGCUAUAUUUGAAAAUGAUCUUGAAUAAAAGGAAUUCAUAAACAAAA